AUGACGGCGCUGAUCACGAUGGCCGACGCUCUGCACAUCACAGAUGAUCAGCCAAUCACGCAGCCGCUCAUCGAUUUCCAUAAUAUAGUGCUCAACAUCCGCCAGCCAAAGUUGAGCAACGGCAAGACGUGGCUCGCGUUGGACAGUCAAAGUUACGAGUACUUCUGCUCUCGGGGCAAGAUCGCCAGUGGGGACACUAGGCCGUCGAUCUUCAGCUUCGACUAUCUGGCUAUGCCAAUCUACGGCGGCUUGCUCGGCAUGGCCUUCGAGAAGGAGCACGGAAACCGACCUAUAGAAGAGAUGAAAGCGGGGCUCGGGAGAUUCCAGCCACACGUCAUGGAGGCGUGGCAGAUGCCUUUGCAGCAGAACGAUGUUGACUGCGGCAUCUUCGUCUGCCAGUACAUUCAUGCGCUUGUGGAGGCGUGUUUCGAAGGAGCUGAGAAUGGGGUGCGGUUCAGCAUGAGCCCGUUGGCGUACCGACGUGGGUUACGGGAGGAUGUAUGCGCUCUUGCAGAAGGGCGGCUGAUCGGCGAGCUCACGGCAGCUGGGCAUGAGAUCCCUCCUGGCAACGAGAUCAGGAAACCGCAUGAGGCUGAGGUGAUUGGCGAUGAGGUGGAGGAUAAGGAGUGGAGAGCGGAGAUGGCCGAACGGAUGCAUAGGCUGGAGGUUCGCAAUGAGGGUCAGGCAGUGGCUAUUGCCAAGCUCGAGAGGCAAUUGCAUGAGCUGAUGCUGUCCCGUGCUCCGCAGCAUGGCAUUGACGGUGAGGCUGCAGGGGAGGGACAUGGUAAUGAGGCAGGGGACGGUGGAACUGGUGAACAGGCAGGUGUGGAAGAGAAGGGUAGGGUCAAUGCUGGCACACACGACAGCAUGAGAGGGGCACAUGGAGAGGGUCCUGUGGCCGCCGAUGAGACAGGUGAUCGUGUGAAAGACAGUAUGCGUGACGGUGUUGGGAAGGGUGAUAUGGUUGACGGUGCGAGGAGUAACAGUGCGAAAGUGGGGGUGCGUGCUGAGGGUGCUGGAGGCUUGCUGGGUGCUGGCGAGGCCGUGGGUGCUGGCGAGGCCGUGGGUACUGGGCAUGGUUUGACAGCCUCGAACGCCGAUGUGGAUUUGGUGUCAGCAUACAGCGUAGGGACAGAGACGACGAGUCGCAAUAACGCGCGUGGUAUAGCUCCUAGCUCAGGUUAUACAGGAGUAAGCAAACGGGAAGGUAAGUGGGCGGCGAAGCUGUGUGUAGAUGGUCCUAGAGGCAAAUUUUUAGCGCUGGGACGGUACACCGACAUCCUGGAAGCCGCAACAGCCUAUGCCGCAGCCGCUCACAUCUGCCGACCGUCCCUCUCCGGCUCAAAGAUGGUGGAGUUGAACGAGGAGGACAGGAGGUGCUUGGAUGGUUUUACAUCGAAAGGGGUUGAGCGGAUUGUGGAUGCCAAGCGGUGGCCGGAGUGGAGGAACUGGCGUGCAGUGCUCAGCAGCCUCCCUGAGCCUUCCACCCCAGCGGCAGCAGGAGUUCACACACAGGCCCCACCUCCCUUUUCCCACCAGCAUCCUGGAGCCACGUUUGGCUACCAUCAGCCAGCUGCCGCCUUCGCGGGACACGCCGGUGCAACCCCAAACCAAGGUGGAUGGCAGCCGUACAGCCAGAGCCACCCUCCUCCCAAGCUCCAUUAUCCAUCCCAGCCAUUUGCAUUCAACCAUAUCCCAAUCCAUCCAUUCAGCCAGGUGCAAGCACCUAUUUCUGUACACCCAGUCCGUGCAGUAGCCAUUGCUCCCAACCCUGCAGGCCAUGCCGCAGCACAGAACACAGCACCCCAUCCGCAUGUCCUACCCACACCACCAGUCGUUGCACCCAGCACGGCACAACAGGCAACAGACCCACACGCCCACCAGGUUCCGCCCUCGGAGGAAAAUGCACAGGCCAGGGUAGCUGGCAUGACAGAUUCCCAGCACAGUCUGAGCAUGCCCACUGCACCCAACGACCCCAACCCCCCGUCGCACGGCUCCGCACUGGCAAGUGAGCCAGCAACAGGGGCAGCAGACGACAUCAUCGAUGCCUUCCUUGGUCAAGCAACGCAGUAA